AUGGCUGUCGAGGACACCUCCCUACAGCCCCGCGGCCGGCGCACCACCACACGCUCCAGGGCCUCGGGCGGUGGUCGCGGCGGCGGCGGCGGCGGCGGCGGCGGCCGCGGCGGCGGCGGCGGUGACAAAAUCUCGCCCGAUGUUGGGCCGCCAAAAGCCCCGCCCUCGCCGCCGGACGCACCGGCCACAACACAGGCCCCCAGCCAAGCAAACAAGCCCGCUCCGGCCGGUGCCAAGGCCUUACCCGGUCCGGAGGAGAGCGCGGCCAGCUUUGAAAUGGCGCCACGCCCGACCUCCGCACCGGAGCCACCUGCUACUCCUGCGGCCCCUGCGGCCCCUGCGGCUCCUGCGGCUCCUGCGGCUCCCGCUGUCCCGUCCAAGCGGCCAACUCCGGUGCCAAUCGCCGAGGAAACGAGCCCGGCGAAGCGUGCGCGUCCUGACGCCUCGCGCCCGGCAACCCCGCCGGCUGUCAGCUCUCCGCCAGACUCGUCGGAUACCGGGCCCACCUCACCGCCGCCAGUGCAGCGGCGCAUUCCGCGCCUGACGUCGCCAGCUCCCCGGCACCCAUACCGCGUGCCGGUGCCGCCGUCACCACUGCGCAAGAUCCGCGCCUCCUUCGACGCCCUUUCCUCGGCCAGCUCGUCGUCGGACUCGGACUCCGGGGAUGAGGGGCCGCUCGCGGCCGGGCGGCCCUCGGCCGCCGGGGCGACUGGCGCCUGGGAUGCUCCGCAUGUCACGCCCCCUCGGUCGCAAUCGACCGGCCAUCGAUCGCCCCCCCGGUCACCGAGCCCCUCGCGUCCCUCAAGGCCAUCGGGCGGCAUCUUGGCUAGCCGGCUGGCGCGGCCAAAUAUUGCGGCCUUCGGGGCCGAUCUCCCGGGCCCGGCCGGGCCCGAUGGCCGGCCCACAAGUGGCGAUGGCUCUGCUGUGUCGAAUGACGGCGCCGCUGCGGCUUCGAGCUCGGUGGUGGCUGUCGCCACUGCGGCUGCGGCCGGCGCGGCCGCCGCACCGGCCGCCGCCGCUGACACCAUCGAAGCUGCUGAGUCUGUUGAGGCUGCCGCCGUCGAGUCGGCCCGACAAAUUAGCUUGAUGUCUCCCUAUGGGUUUGAGCGGGAGACUCAACUGCUGGGAUUCUCGCCAGACGCCUACCUGGCCGCGGUGUCGGCCGCCUUUCACGAUGCGGUCGAGGUGGCGGUUGCCGAUGCCUUCAGCGCUGCCGCUGACCAUCUCCCUCCGGAGAGUGACGACCCGAUGGACGCCUCGCACGAGGAAGGAACUCGGCGCUUUUCCGAGGACCACCUGACCACGCGCAUGGAUCGCUUUUUGGCGAUCGCCCACUCCAAGUGCUCGGCCAAGGUGGACUUGGCGGCAAACUACGCCCGGAGGAGCAUCUUUCGCACGAUCUCCGGGGCCCUUCCCCGGCCGCCGCCGGCGCCGCCAGCUGAUGCAGUGCGCUUUGUUGCCCGCGAGACGGCAUCACCGGGCGGGAUGCUCUCCUCGGACGGGGGCAUCCUGCCGAACUUGACCGAGGCGCGGAACUUGACCGGCAAACUCCUCGGCCAGACGGAGCGCCUCCUGGUGGAUCUGGAAUCGGAACUUGAUCGCCACCGACUGCUCGAGGCUCGGCUGCUGGAGAUGCUAGAGCGGCGAGCCAAUGCACAGCUUCACCAUGCGGAGACGUUGCUCCAGGAUGCCGAGGCUGGCCGGCCGGCGACUGCCGGCAUCCCGCGCACCCCCACUCCACGGGAGGUGGCCGUGGCGCGGCACAUGUCCCAUGCAUCCACCGGGGCUGGGGUCGAUCGCGAGGUGGUCAAGUUCGUGGCUGACAAUGCCGGGCAACUUGUGGCCAAUUUGAACCAGGUCUUGGCUGCACUAGAUCGCCGGCCACGCAUGCGCUCGGACACGCCGGGGAUAUAGUCCUCGAGAAAUGGACAUAGGCUUUUUCGA